AUGGCAUCCAGUGUACCUGUGCGUUCAUACAAAACGGUCACGGAUAUGUUUCAAAUACUAUGUGGAAAACAAUAUCUGGCAUAUGCAGAUAGGCUUACUGGUUGGCUGGAAAUUGCCUUCUUCCCAAGUGGUGCUACUUCUGCUAAGUUGAUCCCACUCUUCCGACGAUACUUCAUGCAGUGGGGUGCCCCGGAAGAAAUCUCCCUCGACGGUGGCACCAAUUUGGUAAGCACUGAAAUGGCUAGCUUCCUACAGAAAUGGGAGGUUAGGAUGAGAAUAUCCUCAGCCCAUUACCCCCAAUCCAACGGGAGGGCAGAGGCAGCAGUACGUACAGCAAAAAGAACCAUUCAAGAUAACACAAGAAGCGAUGGAAGCCUCGACACAGAUAGUUUUGCAAGAGCCAUUUUGCAAUAUAGAAAUACGCCCCUAAGAGACAUCGAUAAAUCGCCGGCACAAUUAGCCAUGGGACGACAACUCAGAGACUCGGUCCCCAUGAUUAAAAGCUAUCAUAAGAUAACAGAGCAGUGGGCAGACAUUAUGAUAGACAGAGAGGAGAAGAUGGGUAGACACUUGAGAAAUGUCAAGUUCCGUCAUGAUUCUAGUGCAAAGAGACUCCGCCCCUUGCAAACGGGUGGUACCACAGUAGCAGUGCAAAAUGUUGUCUCUAAGGCCUGGGAUCGUAUUGCAAAAGUCAUUGAAAUGAAAGGAGACCUCCAAUAUGUCAUAAAAUUAGAUGGUAGUGGAAGAAUAUCAACGAGAAACAGAAAACAUCUUCGGGAAAUAAGAGUGCAGGAUUCCCCACCCACUCGUUCACUUUCCCCCGCUGACUCGUGUGCUGACCGCCAACCCAGAAGAGGGACGAGGAAAAUAAAUCCUCCGAGUUGGCAUAAAAACUACAUUUUGUGA